AUGGAAAUGGAAAGAGGCCUUUCUCACAUUGCCUAUUCAUCAAAGAGUAGCGAGCAGAGCAGAGCAGAGCAAGAACAAUUAUUGCUCUCUGGAGCUAGUGUUAAUAGAGUGAUUCAAACGGAGAUGGGCGUUGAUCGAUCAGCUGCUUCUCUUAGAUUUCUUAUCGUCAUCUUCCCUCUUUUGACAGUGUUGCUAGCAACGGGGUCAUAUGGGUCUCCUUCCGGAAAUCGCAAAACGGGCAAGUCAUCGUCAUCGGUGUUUUCUUUAUUUAAUCUCAAUGCGAAGAGUAGGUUUUGGAGUGAAUCUGUUAUUCACGGUGGCGCAGAUUUUGAUGAUUUGGAAUCUUCAAGCCCUGGCAAAAUGGGAGCUAUCAAUUACACCAAAGCUGAAACGUUUUCAUUCGAGCUUCAGAGUAAAUAUUUUAAUGCUUAA